AUGGUGCUCAUGCGUCGACCCGACAAGCGGCGCGGCAACGAGAGCGAUGCAGCGCUCCCUGUCGCGAGCAACAGAUCGAUCGGCGCGAAUAAGGGCGUGCGGUCGAUGAGCGGGGCGCGCUCGGGCCGCUUUGCCGCCGACAUGCGCGCGCACGUGGGCGGCUACGGCCGCGCCGACCAGACCUGGGGCGUGGACCAUCCAUGGCACUCGAGCGGGGGAGGCGGCGCGUUGUUUGCCCAAUUGUGUGCAAAAGACCAUAUGGAAGAGGGCGUGCAGGAAGGAGAGGACGAGGACGACGGGACGGUGGAGACGCCUGUGCGCGGCCUCAGUCGGGCGCAGCUGAAGAAGCGCAAGGCGAAGCUCAAGAAGACAGGAUUACCGGCGCACGAAGCGGCGGAAAAGGCACUGGAAGAGGCAAAAGAAGCGGCGCAACGACGCAUCGACGAGGAGCAGCGGCGGCUCGCGGAGCUGGUGAAGGAGCGACAGGACGCUGCGACUCGGAAGAAGCAGAAGAAACAGCAGGAGAAGCUUCAGCUCGAGUCAGGACAAGUGGAUGCGACGGACGUCGAGACAAAACGAGCAGAGAAGCGCAAAGCGGAGAAGCAAAAGAAAAAAGACGAGCGGCGAAAAGCGGUUGAGCAGACGGAGCAGCAGAAGACGGAGGAGCACGAGGAGACGAAGACGCGCGAGACACUGGCUGCUGCGUAUGAGCAGGUGAUUGGCAGUGAAGUAACGACCAAGAGUGGGCUGGUCUUGCAGGAUCAACGCAUUGGAAAAGGGAAGCUGCCGUCUCGUGGCGAGAUGCUUACGGUCAAGUACCGUGGGCGACUGGGACGCGAUGGACUUGUGUUCGGCAAGGGCAUGCUCACGACGACGUUUGGCACAGGGUCGGUCAUUGCUGGAUGGGAAGAAGGUAUGGCAACGAUGCGUCCUGGCGGCGUGCGGUUACUGACGAUCCCGCCGGAGCUGGGGUACGGAGAAAGCGGCAAGGGCGACAAGAUCCCGCGCAACUCGACGCUGUUUUUCGAAGUGGAGCUGGUGCGCAUUGGCACGCGAAAGCGCGAGACCGUUGACGAGGACGACGUCCCGCUGCCCAAUGCAUUCCAGCGCAAGCGAGUCAAGCAGCCAGCUGGCAACAAGUGCGAUGCAAUGGAGACCGACGGACCCGCCCAGUUGUCGAAGAGUCAACAGAAGCGACGACGUCGGAACCGAGUCAAGCAUCGGAGUGAGGUCGUUGCUGCUUGA